AAAUUUAAGGACUUGUGCGAUCCGCUUGGUGAAAAGUAUCCGCGAAUAAUUAAUCCAAGAUUUAUCAAUUCAUACGGCGAUUUGCCACCGUUACAAACGCAUCAAGAUGAUCUUUCACUCGUUCCUCGCGUGUCUUGUGAUCCAUCUUUCAACCGCAGCUACGAUCAGUAAACACCGCAAAAUACAACAUGACUGUGACAGCCAAAUCUACUGUCAAGGAGAGUUACUGAAAUGCGUUCAAAUGGCUGAAAUAUUCAACGACAGCAAGACGUUCGUCGACCUCGCCCAACGCAACGACCCAGAAGUUACGCUCAGCAACUUCAAUAAAAUGAUGGAAGCAACGAACAACAAUCCAAAUCACACUCAAGUGUCGGAGUUCGUGAGUCAAAACUUCGCAUCGGAAUCUGAGUCCGAGCUCGAAACCUGGACACUGCCUGACUGGCAAGAAAAUCCACCAAUACUCAAUCGCGUCAAGGAUGAAAAAAUGAAAAAAUGGAUGAAGAAGCUAAACGGCAUAUGGCCUCAACUUGCCAGAAAAGUGAAGCCUGAAGUGGCCGAACACCCGGAGAGACACAGUCUCAUUUACACGCCAAAUGGUUUCAUUAUUCCUGGUGGCCGAUUUAGAGAAUGCUACUACUGGGACAGCUACUGGGCAAUGAAUGGUAUGCUUUUGUGCGGUAUGCACGAAACGGUUCGCGGAAUGCUGGUUAAUUUCGUUACUUUGGCAGAAAAAUUCAAGUUCAUACCAAACGGAUUCAGAACCUACUACCUCAUGAGAAGUCAGCCACCGAUGUUAGCGCAGAUGAUGCAAAGUUACAUGGAAGUUACUAAUGACACCGAAUUUCUGCGUGCCAACAUUGCUGCAAUAGAAACGGAGUUGGACUAUUGGCUCCAGGAGAUGUUCGUCGACGUCAAAAAAGGCGGGAAAACGUAUCGAGUAGCCCGAUACACGGUCCACAGCAAUGUCGGACCACGUCCAGAAAGUUACCGGGAGGACUACAACAACGCACAGAAGGUUGGGAGCGAAUGUGCGGACAGUUUCUACACGGACAUGAAGGCUGGUGCCCAAAGUGGUUGGGACUUCACGGGUCGAUGGUUCGACGAGACCGACGACGGGGUGCUCGGUAAUCUCACAUCGAUCAGGACCAGAACCAUCGUACCUGUCGAUCUCAACGCCUUUUUACAAAAAGAUUUCAGGAUUAUGGCCGAUUUUCACUCACUCUUAAACAAUCCUGAGAAAGCUGCCUACUACCACGACAUUGCCCUAUCCAUGCUAAAGGGGAUUGAUAACAUUCUCUGGAACGAGGAGGAAGAGAUGUGGCUCGAUUACGACAUCGAAAAUCAGAGAUCGAGGAAUCGGUACUACGCCUCGAACUUUGCACCACUUUACUGCGGAAGCUACAAUCGUUCGAAGGCUAAGGAUCUCGCCGAGAGCAGCGUUCGACAUCUUGAAAAACACGGCAUCAUGAAGUUUAUGGGAGGCAGCCCCGUGUCUACGGACUACACCGGGGAGCAAUGGGACUACCCCAAUGCCUGGCCCAACAUGCAAUCGAUUAUAGUAUUCGGUCUUCAAAGAACCGGAUGGGAGCCUGCCACGUCCACAGCGAAGGUCCUGGCGACCAGGUGGAUCCAUGCAAACUACCUCGGAUACUCGGAGUACUCCGUGCUGUUCGAAAAGUACAGUGCAAUCAACCCAGGAGAAUAUGGGGGCGGGGGUGAAUAUACUGUGCAGACCGGCUUCGGAUGGACACUCGGAGUGAUAAUGGAGUUCAUGGACCAAUGGGGCGAGAGUAUAAGCAGCACAGAUAGCGCAUCAAGUUCAGACAGUGAGGGAGCUGAGAGAUAAGAUCCCUCGGGAUUCAGGCAUUAGAUGUAAAUACCUCAGAAGAAAAGUUCACCGAGAGCGCUUUCGUAGAGAAUUAGUCUACAACGUUUUGCUUACAAAAGACGCUCCGCAAAUAUUAUAUUAGUCGUUAUACCGUAUACGAUAAGGGUGAUAAAAUAAUCCAGUCCUAAUUGUUUUUCAUUAAUAUAAUCGACGAUAUUAAUAUCUACGAAAAGCGCCGCUACAAUCUAAAAAAAAAAAUACCGUGUUACAAAAAUUGAAAAUCAAAUUGAUUCGUACGGACAAAGUGCAACUGUUUUAUAACAAAUCUUUGGAUCAUGUCUUGAUAUAUCGUAAUGCGACGGGUUUGAAGUACGUCCGCCAUCAGGAACUUGCAGAAUGAACGCCGUAACAGUAUUCUUAUGAUAAUAAAGCGCGGUACAGAUAAAUACGCUUAAGUGGACAUAUUAAUUGACAAUACGUUAUGUUUGAAUAACGGCAGAUGCCAUUAGCAUAAAUGCUACAAUAUAAUGCCUAAUUUACCUGCGAAUAGGCCGCGUUGGUUUACGUAUACAGAUGUACUGGAAAUAUCAUAAAUACGGUUCAUCUAAUUACGGGUUAUUUAUUUGUAAUAUAUACAUACAAUAUACGUAUAUGUGUAAAUAUAGGGUUUUGGCAAUAAACAUACAAGGCAUAAUAUUUA